AUGUCAGAUAUUAAACUUGCAAGUCUCCACAAAGGCUCUCUUUCAGUAAGUUAUAAACAGGGCACUCAACGAGUAAUUAUCAUUGAAAAGAGCCCUACUCAUCUUCCGACUUUACAUAAAAAUACAUCAAGAACUCCUAACAAAUUAAGAAUCAAUUUAAACCAAACAUUGGAACUCCCAGGAAUUUCUCGCUUUCACACCCCUCAUCCGAAUCAAGUGCUCCAACCGAAUUUUCAAGAAAAAUCGAUUUUUUCUCCCCAAUCAGAAACUCCGCAGUUAAUAAAUUUACUCCUCUAAUAAGCAAGCAAAACAAUAGAAAAAUCCUUAUUUUUUUGAAAUUAAAUUUCCUUACUCCCCCCCCCCCCUCCGUGAGCGAACAAAAAAAUUUUUUGUUCGCUCACGGAGGGGGGUUAAUUUUUUUUUUUUUAAAAAAAAAUUUAUAUAUAAAUUUUAUAAAAAAUAUUUUUUUCGAAAUUUAAAAAAAUCCUAAUUUGCAAAAAUUGGGAAGCAAAUAUUAAUUUAAUUUGCAAAAUUUAUGUUUUAAAACGCAAUUUGUUUAAAAUUAAACAGAAUUAGCUCUAGAUUUCAUUAUACUAAUUAUCACUUAUAUAUCAAAAUUUUUUUUCCAUUAAAAUUUUUUCUAUUAAAAAAAUUUUUGUUCACUCACGGAGGGUGGGUUUUUGGUCAAAAAAUGGCGAUUUUUCUAAUGGUUUUGUUCGCUCACGGAGGGGGGGGGGGAGUUAGUUGCUAGCAAACAAUAAAAAAAUUAUAGAAAAUAUUUUUAUAUAUAAUAAUAAUAAUUAUUUAAAUUAAAUCUCGAGCUAAUUUAUAUUUUUUUAGACUCAAAAGAAAAAAAUUAAAAAUUAAAUUAAUUUUUGCUCAAAUUUUUCGCAAAUUUUUUCAAUUUCGAUAAAAAAAAUAAUCAGCGAAAAAAUUUUUUCAGCUCACGAAGAAAGGAGCUAGAAAAAGUCCAAGAGAUCGAAGAAAAAUUAUGGGAUAUUUUAAAUAAACUCAAAGCUGACGAAGAUGUCUCAUCAAUAUGUGGAGAAUAUUGAGAAUUAACAGAAGAUGAAGCAAUUUGAAACAUUGAAAAAUUAUUUAGAGAAAUCAGGAUGAGGAAGUCAUUGAGAAACACCAUCAUUCUCGAGUCCUGUGCAAUUGCAGCUUUAGCGCAUUCGACGAAGAAUAAGGGUAUCUGGACUGGAAUUGCGAAUCAGGCAAGACACAUGAUUAAUUAUGUGCAUCAAAAUUUUUUGACCCUUGUAGACAUCAUCUUAUCAAGACUCCCUCCAGAGUUCACAUCUAACACAUGGGCAGCCAACUUGCAGCAAACUGUCAGAGCAAAGAAAUCUAGGAUUUCUAAUAAAAAAGAUUACUCAACUUAUUUAAAAAAUCACUGUGACGUCAUUUCAAACUGCAUCAAAACAAUCUGCAGACUUCUGCCGAAUAACGGUAGAAAUGGUUUUCAGUAUGAAAUGGUCCACAUUUUAAAUAACCUUGACAAAUAUUCCAUUUCCAGCGCAAGAUCCCACAUCACCAAGCUUCAGUCAAAUUCCUCUAAAGAAUUUACCCCAAACUUCUAUAUGCAACAACUAGACGCUCCGUAUUUGCCACAAGUAUCAGGAAAUGUAUAUACCCUUGUUCUCGAUUUAGACGAAACUUUAGUCCACUUUAAAGACCAUGGGAAAUCUGGACAGCUGCUAAUUAGGCCUUAUUGUAGAGAGUUUUUAAAAGAAAUGGCCCAAUGGUAUGAGAUUGUAGUGUUUACAGCUGGGGUGCAAGAAUAUGCAGACUGAGCUAUCAAUGUAAUGGAUAUUGACCAUUGUGUCUUAACUUAACUUAACUUAAAAUUUAUAACACUACGGGGUAGACAACGCCCAGGUCUGCCGCUCGCCUUUCGCCGCAUCGGGCCUACAGGUCUCUGGGGACGACCCGCUUCGAUCACCAGGGUGCGCCUAGGGUGAGUGUUCCGGCUUCGACGGCUCAUGGAUGAGCUACUUGCUUGGACAUGGGCUGCUUUUCCGAAAAACCCAAAAAAUGGAUUUUCUGGUCAGCUAUCGGCAAAAAGGAAAAACACGUAGCCUGGGACGUAACGCCCAGUUUCACGCUAGGGAGUUGCCCGAUUGGUCUUAAGGACUUGCUGAGCUUCCCCUUUCCAACUCCGUGCCCUCCUUCCCCACGAGGAAAAAUCCACUCCUGAGAUUAGACUUGGGCUAGGCUCUGAACACAACCAGAAUUGCUUACCUAGCAUUACUGUCCAUCUCUGAAAUGGUAAAACCUUGCCGGAUAUAGUUAAAUAUGAGUCGAGGCUGCAUGGCCUCCCGGCCAUGCCCAGACGAAGACGCCAUAUUUAAAUAUAUAUACCCAUUGUGUCAAAUUAUAGACUUUAUAGGCAGCAUACAAUUCAAGCUGGGCCUGUAUUUAUUAAAGAUUUGAGAAAGCUGGGAAGGCCGCUUUCUAGUGUGAUUAUCAUAGAUAACAUGGCUGCGAAUUUUCAGCUGCAAGCAGAGAAUGGGAUUUAUAUAAAUAGCUGGGUUGGAGAUGAAAAAGAUAAGGCACUUAUGGAAUUAGCUCCUUUGCUAGCAGAUAUUGUUCAUAGUAAUGCAAGUGAUGUAAGGGUAGCCUUGAGGAAUAUGAAAGAAGAAAUAGAAGAAAAGGAUGAGUUUAGCGUAAAUUUAAGUGAAGAUAUUUAA